AUGUCCUGCAGGAUUGCUGCCCUUUCUGCCCGGAUCGCAAAUUUCAAAUUCCUGGAGCCCCUGAAACCUGAAGAGGCAGUUCUGUUCUAUUCUCUCGGGCUGCUGGGAGUCGAAAUCAACUUCCUGGCAGUGUGUGGGAACUUUGCUGUCUUGGUGGAUCUUCACAUAGCUCCCCGGGGCUCAAACACAGACACCAGCUGGUUUUCUGAAGAGAAGAAAGAGGAAGUCUGUUUAUUGCUGAAAGAAACCAUUGAUGGAAGAGUUAAGGAGUACUUGAAAUUACGUAAACAACGCAAACCAUCAACUGCAGAAUUUACAAGAUCCAGUCCCUUGUCCUUAAAAGGCUACGGCUUGCAAAUCACAGCUUACUUCCUCAAGAGAGGAAUACGCCUGCGCUGCAUCAGAGGCUCACCAAGUGCUGAACUCUGUGUGUUCCCCGACAGAUUUGUGGUCUGUGUAAGUCAGCUCACCGUCAGUUGUGAUCUUGUGGCAAGUCAGAAUAAAGAAUUGUGCCCUGAGGUGUACACACUAAAUGGAAGGAAGGAAACCAAGCUAGUGAAGUGUCAGUGUGAAAAGAACUGAAACAAAAGGCGGCAUUGUGAGCAAAUCGCCGAGCAACAGGGACAUUGUGGGAACAUCUAGUGACUCAGAGGGAGCCAGGAGGAGGGGUGGCUGGUGGUGAGGCUCCGUCCAGGCCCCCAUCCCGAUCCACGAGACCAGCAGAGGAUUACAUAAAAGCAGCUGGGAGCCACUGGGGGCUUCCUGUUCAAACACUGGAAAAUGUUCAUCAGACACAGCCGGAAGAUACUAGCAGCCAGCAAAAACCUCAUCCUGGGGAGCGCUUACAGACAGGGCUUCUAAGCAAGAGCCCUGUCUGUAGCUGUGAGUCAGCAUAACCAGGUCCAAGAUAAAGUCCACGAGUGGCCAAAGUAAAAUAGAAACGCAGGAACCGCGGCUCGGCAGAAGGCUUCGACCACCACAAGAGAGUUUCUCUUGGAAGUGAUCGAGUAGUCCCCAGAGAAAGCACCGUGGAAAAAAACCCAAAAGCAAGGUUGUCAAGGUUGUGUCAGUGUUAAGAGUUGUCUGCUUACUUUUGAGACAACAUUUGGCAAAAGGCCACUUCUCCUGAGGAGUAGCCUGGUUUAGAAAACCUCUCUCCCCACGGAAAAUAACCCAGGGCAGUCACAGCAACCUGAUUCUGCCCCGGGCCCAGAAGGAGCACCCAUAAGGUGCGUCUCCUCGCCCCUCGUUGCAGACUGCUCAGGGCAGCCCCGCUGAGAAAGAAAGACCGUCGUCAAGAGGAUCAUCAAGGAAUUGGAAGUCUUCUUUUACAGAGAAAGCACCUAUCUGUCAUAGGGUUACCUUUCCAAGCAGGCCCCUCUAGGAGGUUACUGGCUUAUUCUAACAGCACCGGUGCUGGCUCCUUGUGCUUUCUAACCGGCUUCAGAAAUUACCUCCGUGAAAAUGAAAGGAUGGAUUUUGGCCUC